AUGAGCUUAACCAACAUCAUGACAUCCCUCGAGGCAAGCCGAGGUAAGACCCCAUGUUGCAACCUUUACUCUCCUGAACACAUCAAGGUCCUGUCCAACAUCCUAAUAGAGCUCAAGGACCUGAAGGAGCUCAAAUGGCCGCCCAGGUUGCGAUCCCUACCCGAUAACAGAGACAGGAACAAGUAUUGCGAUUUUCUUCGGUACCACAGACAUACCACUGAGGAUUACUUGGCUUUGAAGCUUGAAACUCUCAUCAAAAGGGGAUUUUCAGGCUCUUGCAUCAGCUAUGAUAAGUGCCCGAGGAACAAUCAAGAUAAGAACAACUGCCAGGAAGGACCAAGAAAUAAGCAGUCAGAGGCAGGGAUUAUCAACAUCAUUGUUGGAAGAACAGCUUCUGGAAGAGACUCCAACAGUGGACGCAAGAAAUAUGCAAGGCAGUCUCCUAGCAUUACAACUAUAGGUUUUGAUUAUACAGAAGACAUCACCUUCGGGUCACAUGAUUUGGAAGGCGUAUCCUUUCUUCAUGAUGAUGCCCUCGUUAUAUCAGCCAUUAUCGCCAACUUUGAGGUCAAAAGGAUUUUGGUAGAUAACGAAAGUGCAACCAAUGUACUAUCUCAUGAGGCCUUUAUUUAG